AUAAGCCAGCGCAGUCGAAUUUUAAAUAUCGUGCUGAAGAGUUGAACUUUAACUUGCAAGAGGAUUAUUUCGCGGAACCAUGAGUGGCCAGAACCAAAUAAAAGAAGUCCUGAGAAGCUUGCAAAUUUCUGACGAAGAUCGUUGUGAGUACACGUCGGAUGCCAUUGCCAUUCAAAACCAUGUGAUUGAUGAGCUGAAAAAUAAGGACUCAGCUUUUCGCAGUGCCUAUGACGGCCUGAGUCUGGGUGGAAGUUACUUGGAUCGGGUCAAGCUGACUACUCCCGAUGAAUUUGACUUGCAUAUGAAGCUCAAGUUCCCAUUUCAAAUCACCCCAAAUCGAGACGAAAAUGGCUUUAUCUUUCUGUAUGCACCUGGAGGACGGCACUCACAGAUCGUGGGCUCUGAUGGCUACAUUCGGCGCCAGUAUCUUCAGGACUGGUUGCGCGGCAUCUUCAAGCAGGUGUUCAAUCCAACAUUGAGAUUAAAAAGUGACAGGACUGGCAAUACCUAUACGGUGUCGUAUACUUUGGAGGGAUACGGCUGCGCCCAUUCCAUUGAAGCCAAGUGCGGAGAUCGCAUUAUAGCUAUGGACCUGGUGCCGGCCUUCGAGUUCGAAGGUUCUCAGUGGCCAUUUGCUAAUCCACCGGUUCCCUGGCAGACGCGCAGUCAGUAUCCCUGGUUUGCCAUUCCGCAAAAGAAACCGCGGAACCAGGAUGAUCGCACUUUUAUGGUGUGUGCCCCUCAUUGGGAACGCGAAGUGAUGAAGGGCUCAUACAAUAUGAAGAACGUGUUGCGUCUCAUGAAGGGAUUACGCGAUGGUAAUAGCAGCGAUUUGCCGCAUUUGUCCAGUUACAUGCUGAAGAGCGUGCUCCUCCAGGAAAUCCAAAGUGUCAACUGGAAGCGCGACGAGGCUCCUCUGCUGGUGGAGAUGUGGGGUAAAUUGGUGUACCGUCUCAAUGCUGGCAGACUGGAUUUCUUCUUGGCCGACGGCCACAAUAUCUUCGAUCGUCUGAAUGAACGAGAACUAAGCAUCUGUCGCAGUAACGCCAGCCGUAUUUACCAAGAAUUACGUGUAUGCAACGGCUCUCAGUUGUAUAACCUAUUUAAAAAGAACUAAUCAUCUAUGCAUUUUUUAAGGCGGAAUUUCUAUUCUAUUAAUCAAUUGUAUUCGGCUAUAUUUCAAUAAAAAAGCAUACAUAUAUACCCUGA